AAAGGCAGCACUGCUUGCAUUGUACAAGAUAUUACUAGCGACCGUGGAGUUCAUGCUCUAGAAUUUAAACUCGACUAAGCUAUAAAAACACGAUUUCUCGCUCGAGAUUCCAUACUAAAAGCUGACACUAUACCGGCGUGAGGGCUAACGCAUAACAUUACAAAAUGAGCGAGAAAAUGUUUCUGUACUGGGGGUCGGGGAGCAUUCCCUGUUGGAGACCCAUGAUCGUUCUGGAGGAGAAGGGCCUUCAAAACUACAAGCACAAACUGAUACAGUUUAGCCAGAAGGAACACAAGUCGGAGGAAGUUCUAAAACUUAACCCCCGCGGCCAGAUGCCAACAUUCAAGGAUGGUGACAUUGUAGUAAAUGAGUCCAAUGCCGUAUGCGAUUACCUAGAGAGCACAUACAAAGAUAAAGGGACACAACUCAUACCAGCUGACACAGCCCAGAGAGCUCAGGUUCUACAGCGUAUGCAUGAGGCUUUCAACAACAUGCAGCAGAAAAUGCUUGUGGAUGUACUUUUUUACCUCUUCAGGACAAAAGCAGAGGAACGCUCAGAGGAAACAAUUGCAGAAAAGCUAAAAGCUUUGCGAGAAGAACUGACAAUCUGGGAAGGCUACCUAGACAAGACCAAAGCUUUUUUGGCAGGACCAAAUUUCACGAUGGCGGAUGUCUACUUUUACCCAUUCAUUGCAUUUGCUGUUCGUCUAGGCUUUCAAUUUGGCGACAAAUUCCCAAAUCUGAAGAAUUACUAUGAAAAAUUAUCAGCCCGCCCAAGUAUUGUGGCAUCAACUCCCCCUCACUGGAAGGAAGAGCCAGCCAAAGACCAGCCCCUCAAAGCACUCUAAACAAGUCUAAUAUUGCAGCAUAUAUAUGUAAUGUUAAUUCAUAGAGGUUAUACAUCUUUUGGAUGUGUCGUGUUUUGAACUCUUAUCAUUUUAUCUUCAUUAAUAAAAUCUUCAAUGACUAUAAAUGUUCAAGUACCUGCCAAUGUAGUUAUUUAUACUAAUAAACAAGUACCUGCCAA